AUGACUAAACAUUCUCUUCAUCAACCAUUUCUCUUCUUCUCAUUAGCAACCCUCCUCCCAUUAAUCCUCACCGUCCAUUCCCAAACUUCUUCAUCAUCAGACGACUCAUCAGAUUUCAUCCGUGCGAGCUGCGGCACCACAUUAUACCCUGACCUCUGCUUCUCCACUCUCUCAAACUUCUCAACCUCCGUUCACAACGACCAUGCCCUCUUGGCUCGAGCCGCGAUCUCCGUCACUCUCUCCAAGACUCUCGACUUGGCUACAUACCUCGCCAACGCCACCACUCUCCCUGAGAGACACGAAGAUGGGGCCCAACCGAGAGCAGCCGCUGUUUUUCACGACUGCUUCGAGAAUCUUAAAGACGCGGUCGAUGAAAUGAGAGGCUCGAUGAAACAGAUGAGGGAUUUGGUCUCGACUGGCUCUUUCGAGUCGUUCAGGUUCCAGAUGAGUAACGUCCAGACUUGGCUCAGUGCGGCUUUGACCGAUGAGGAGACUUGUACGGACGGGUUUAAAGACGUUCACGAUGAGCCGAGGAAAGAUGACGUGUGCGCACGGGUCGAUGACGUCAAGAAGUUGACUAGCAAUGCGUUGGCUCUGGUUAAUCGAUGUGUUGAUAAGGCGAGACAUUGA